UCCCUCCUCCAGAUCCCCCACUGGGUCAGUGACUCCUGCAGCCCUGCCUGUGCCUAGCAAAUGAGAAGAGCUGUUGAUUUUUCCCCCUUGGCCAUUCAGAAUUUUUCCCCAUAAAUACUGAGAAAGACCCUGCCCUCUCCUCACUUCUCUGGACUUGGCCCUGAGCUGGAGCUGGCCCCCUGGGGGUGGGGGGCCAUGGGGGACCUGCUCGUGCUCUGGGUGGCUGUGGGCAUGUGCUGUGCCACACUCAGUGCCUCUGCCUGGUCAGUGAACAAUUUCCUGAUAACAGGUCCCAAGGCUUAUCUGACCUACACCACUAGUGUGGCUUUGGGUGCCCAGAGUGGCAUCGAGGAGUGUAAGUUCCAGUUUGCUUGGGAACGCUGGAACUGCCCUGAAAAUGCUCUCCAGCUCUCCACCCACAACAGGCUGAGAAGCGCCACCAGAGAGACUUCCUUCAUUCAUGCUAUCAGCUCCGCUGGAGUCAUGCACACCAUCACCAAGAACUGUAGCAUGGGCGACUUUGAAAACUGUGGCUGUGAUGAAUCAAAAAAUGGAAAAACAGGAGGCCAUGGCUGGAUCUGGGGAGGCUGCAGCGACAAUGUGGAAUUUGGGGAAAGGAUCUCCAAACUCUUUGUGGACAGUUUGGAGAAGGGGAAGGAUGCCAGAGCCCUGAUGAAUCUUCACAACAACAGGGCCGGCAGGCUGGCAGUGAGAGCCACCAUGAAGAGGACCUGCAAGUGUCACGGCAUCUCGGGGAGCUGCAGCAUCCAGACGUGCUGGCUGCAGCUGGCUGACUUCCGGGAGAUGGGAGACUACCUAAAGGCCAAGUAUGAACGGGCGCUAAAAAUUGAGAUGGAUAAGCGGCGGCUGAGAGCGGGGAACAGUGCCGAGGGCCGCUGGGCACCCACAGAGGCCUUCCUUCCUAGCGCAGAGGCUGAGCUGAUCUUUUUGGAAGAAUCACCAGAUUACUGUACCCGCAAUUCCAGCCUGGGCAUCUACGGCACAGAGGGUCGCGAGUGCCUGCAGAACAGCCACAACACAUCUAGGUGGGAACAACGUAGCUGUGGGCGCCUGUGCACCGAGUGUGGGCUGCAGGUGGAAGAGAGGAGAACUGAGGCCACGAGCAGCUGUAACUGCAAAUUCCAGUGGUGUUGCACAGUCAAGUGUGACCAGUGUAGGCACGUGGUAAACAAGUACUACUGCACACGCUCCCCUGGUGAUGCCCUGGCUAAGGGAAGCACCCGAUAACACCCCACACAAACUCACUUGAUCAGCUGCGUGUCAGUGGAAGGGGACACGACUUCUCUUUUGGAGAGAGUAGAUUGGGAAACAAUUGGAAAAUCACAGGGUUGGCCUGUAAUCCUCCUAUCUGCUAUGUGUGGGAAAACGAAGGCCCAAGAUUAUAUAGCAUAUUCUUGGCAGACCUGAAAUUGGAACCUGGGCCUCCUGACUUGGACAGACCCCAUUUAAUCUUUUCUGCAAGUUAAUUUCUGGUCUUUGUUCCUGUACUUAAGCAGCUUGCUAAAGGGGGUAUUUGGUUUGGGGUUCAUAUCUAGAGGGACCUUCAAAGUAUUUGAUCCUUUAAGUUUCAGACCAUGUCCAACUCAGCUGUGCUACUGGGAAUGAGAGAGAAUAGAAGCAAAAAAAUGAAAGAAUUCUGUUCAAACGCAUGAAGGAGCAACCU